AUGAAUGGGCAGACGUUUAAAGAAUGGUUCGAAGAAAUAUUGCCAUUGCUCAAGGAUAAUGCGGUUGUCGUGAUGGAUAAUGCACCGUAUCAUUCGGUAAAAUCGGAAAGAAUUCCAACAAUGAAUUGGAAAAAGGCAGAUAAUUGGAUACAUUCUAAAGGUGAAGAAGUCGAUCCAUCAAUGCUGAUCAAAAGUGAUCUAAUGGAUAUCGUGAAUCGUCUUAAAACCAAAUACAACAGCUAUGUAAUAGAUGAUAUUGCAAAAGAAGCCGGGAAAACGAUUUUGAGACUGCCGCCCUAUCACUGUGAACUUAAUCCUAUAGAACUGGUCUGGUCAAAGGUGAAGCAUCAUGUAAAAUCAAAUAACACUACGUUCAAAACAGGCGAUGUACAGCAUUUGCUUCAUCAAGCCAUCGAUAGGGUAACACCGGAAGAUUGGCAGAAUUUUAUAUCCCACGUGAAGACUGAAGAACAAAAAAUAUGGAGUGUCGAUUUCAUAUGCGAUGAGCUUACCGACGAACUACAGUUGAAUCCAAACCACGUCCUUACCAUAGGUGAUACGUCCCACUCAUCAUCCGACGACGAUGACGAUGACGAUGGUUGUUGUCCAUUAGAAUAA